GAACGGCGAGUUCAUCAAACGUCGACAUGUGGGAGACAACGAUGCCAAUGAAGGCGUCUUCCACUUCUCCGCAUGAUCAUGGCGGGACCGAUUAUGCGAACUUGCUGCGGGAAUUAUUGCCCAAGGUGCUUUCGAGUAUACCAGUGUCUCUAAGGAGAAAGUUGCUGCAAGCCGACGUGCGACCGGAGUGCAUGGCGGGCCUACUUCGGGCCGUACGCGGGUUUCAGAACCUGGAACCAUGGGUGUUCAGAUUGUUCGAUGCGUCUGGCAAGUACCCCACUGGACUACUUGAAGGCGCCCACGUGGAUAUGGGGGCGUUUGACGAAUGCAUCGGCACCGUAGUACGUGACGGCUUUGGGAAUGUGCUUUCGGAAGGCCAGUAUUGCAACAUGCUGGUAUACGUCAACAACGCGACUGCCAUCCAGGAAAUGAUAGAGCCAUUAUCGGCAGUCAUUCACCCAAGGCUAAAGUACUUUAAGGAAUAUCUUUCGACCAAGAAGAUUGCUGUUGGUCGCCUAGCAAUUUGUUUUUUAAACGACUGCAACCGAGAAGACAUGCAGACGAUUUUGGGUUCAGUGACGCCUCCUUUUGUGCGCAUCAAAGUGUCCAACUGCGUCACAGGAAAACCGCAUUCAUGGAGUCAAUGCGAAAUAGGAAUUGUGGCGUUUCUAUGCGUUCUAUUAAUCGCCGUCGCCACUGCUACCUACGUCGACUGCAACACCAGCCGAGACUCGAAGUUCAAGAAAGCCCACAGUGCUCUAUUUGAUUUGGUCACCGGUUUCUCGGUGACAUCAAACACACGUGCGCUGCUCAGGGUUGCCGACAAGGCUAAGCCAGACCAAUACGCACUGCAGUUUCUCCACGGAAUGCGAUUCUUCGGCAUCGUCCACAUUGUCUUGGGCCAUUGCGGUUCCAUAAUGUCUGACACGUGGUCUGGAAUGUUGAACUUGUUCACCUUGUCAGAGAGGUGGUCGUUUAUGAUCAUAACAGCCGGAUUCAGCAGCGUGGACACGUUCUUUUUUCUCAGUGGUUUUUUCCUGUGCUUCACAAUCAUGAGGCAGAAGAGAACCGGACCCAUCGUCUUCAUUAUCGGCGUUACGAGACGGUUGAUCAGGACGUGUAUUCCAAUGUUUUUCAUCAUCAUGUGCCUAUAUGCACUCGACCCGUUUAUCGACGGCCCAAACACGAAGGCGUACUUCCAAAAUCUACACAAUGAUGUGUCCUCCAACUGGUGGCGCAUAAUUCUUCAGAUCAGAAACUUUUAUACGAUAUCUGUGACAGAUGUCGUAGUGCACGUGUGGUACCUCUCGACGGAUUUCCAGCUCUUUGCUGUCUCUCUUGUGGUUCUGCUUAUACUCAAACGCCGCAAGAUCUUGAUCCUGACAACAUUCAUCUUUCUAUCUCUGCUGGGCUGCGUCGUUUCAACGUGCGUCGUGGCGGGCUUUCAUCUGCCACCAUUUAUGAUCUUUCCAGGCCCGAUUCCAGACCUCAUGCUGCGAACUCUCGACGAAUACUAUAUCCGGCCUUACUACCACGCCGUGUGCUACUUCGGCGGCUGCUUGACGUACCUCAUCCUAGAAGACUUCAGGAAGGCCAGGGUAUCUAAGAAUCUGCAACGCGUCGGCUGGUACGGGACAGUGGCCAGCACAUUGUUCUGCGUGUUCGUGAAGUUCGCCUGGUACACUAGCCCCGAUCCAGUGCCAGUGGGUGUGGCGCUCUUAGCGGCUUUCUUGGACCGCAUCCUGUGGACGCUCUUCCUCGCUUGGAUCACGCUCGCGUGCAGCACAGGCCGAGGCGGGGCCUUGACGAAGCUUCUGUCGUGGAACGCCUACGUGCCCUUGAGCAAGCUCUCCUUUGGCGUGUACCUCAUUCACGUGCCUUUCCUACACCUGUGGUUUUACUCGUCCAGAGAACGAAGGUACUGGUCGGUGUUCAAUCAGAUCACACUGCUCUUCGCACUGCUAGUCUGGAGCUUCCUACUUUCCUAUUUAGCUUUCCUCGUUUGCGAGGCUCCGACUGCUGCACUGGACAAGCUGAUAUUCACGAAGCUGACUGGAGGAAGUGGCAAAAAACAAGCAACAAUCAGCCACGAACCAACCAAUCAUGUGAAGACGCAACAUGAAAAUAAUUAUACCGAUAGUUGUGACGUCAAGACGCAGAAAAACGGAGAUGAUUGCUUCGUUUCUCGCUGCUGAACUUUCACCAAGAAUGAGACGCCAUUCAGGUUUCUCUAGUCGCACGAAAGCUGCGGUUGCUGCGCGAAUCAAUCUUGAGAAAUGGCUAACGUAUGGUGUUCCACACGGUAACAUGUUCCAACGAUGAACGUACAUUCUAUCGUUGGCUGGUUAUUACCUCUGUAGGCGAGCUGUAAAACUUACAAGGCACUUUUCCCCCACUGCUAAAAUUGAGGCACUGAGGUCACGUGUUCGCGGCGAAUGUUGCUUGUAGCGCAGUGAUCAAUGUUUUCGGUUGGUGUGUAUGGUUAGGCCUAUAUAGAAGCCGGUACUGCAUUCUUGAAACAGCUCGCAACUGUCUCAUGCAAUUCAUCACGACCACUUUGAAGCUUUGUACAAAGAAGUGUGGCAGCUUGGGCUAGUUGGGGUAGUUCCCGCGCUGCAACUAUCGGUUUGUACAAAGGUGAUGGACUUGCCCAGGACACUGAAAUUUCUCUGCUACUGUUGUCAAUAAAUUGAGACAAGAACUCCCUAAUGGGGCUUUUCACAGA